AUGUCAUUCUCCGUCAAUGGAAGAUCUGCAAUCGUGACCGGCGCUGGAUCAGGAAUCAACCUGUCCUUUGCCAGAUUGCUGCUCGAGAAUGGAUGCAAUGUUCUCAUCGCCGACCUAGCUCUGCGCCCCGAAGCAAAGGUGGUAGUCGACCGCUACUCGACCUCGACCCCUCGAGCCGUCUUCCAGAAGACCGACGUGACCAGUUGGGCGCAAUUGGAGAAGAUGUUUGAGGUGGCCGAGAAGGAAUUCGGAGAGAUCGAUGUCGUGUGCCCAGGAGCUGGAAUCUACGAGCCGCACUGGACAAAUUUCUGGCGCCCGCCCGGAACGCCCGAAAGUCGGGAUGCGCAGCACGGGGACCGAUAUGCCUUGUUGGAUAUCAACCUGACCCAUCCGAUCCGUACAACUCAAUUAGCAAUUUCCCAUUUUCUGCGUCACCGAACCAACGGAAGACGCAAGCAUAUCGUGCACAUUUCGAGCAUCGCUGCGCAGAAUCCCGCGUUGGCAGCCCCGAUCUACGUGGCCACCAAGCACGGUAUCAAUGGCCUUGUACGGUCCAUGGCUAAGCUCGACCGGAAAUUUGGGAUUCGUGUCACAGCCGUAGCGCCAGGGGUAAUCAAAACUCCCUUGUGGACGGAUCACCCGGAGAAAUUAAAGAUCGUGGAUGAUAAGGCAGAUGAAUGGGUGACUCCCGACGAGGUCGGUCAAGUCAUGCUGGCUCUCAUCCAACAAGACCGCGUUAGUGAAAUCAUUGGCGACCAAUCGGGCCAAGGACCCCAGUUCCUGGUCGAGGGAGGAACGGUGCUGGAAGUGUCGAAAACCGUGCGGUCGGUCAGUCCGUUCAACGAUCCGGGACCCGCAGAUAGGGCUGGCAACACCGUCUCGGACAUGAACGUGCUCGAAGACGAAGUAUACGGAUUGUUGUCGCAAAAGGGAUGGGGAGCAUCCAAGCUGUGA